AUCAAACGCGCCUCCGCCCACGUAACCUCUUCCUGAACGGGAGCUCACGAGGGACAAACAAGGCGCUCGGAAUAAUCGCGUUACCUCCCUAUCGUUGUGCUAGCUCUCGUUUGGCCUUGUAGGCCUCAGUCAGCCCCGCCGCCUAAGCCCCCUAUUGUUCCCAAACUAGUGCGCGCACACUGCACGUGCCUGAAGUAAACAGGUCAUAAGAGUGUGUGAUAUACGACAUGUCUGCCAUUAAACACUCUGGAGACAGCUGACACCCAUGUGCCAGUCACAGUAGACGGCGAGGCCGGGGGAGCUGGGCCCCGAGUGAGACAGCGCUGGCGGGCGGGCGGCCAUCAGUGUGUAUUGCCAUCCCGGUACUCUUAGGAGCCCCGCACAGCUCGCUCUUUGUUGGAGGAGUGUCAGUCCUCUGCUCCGUCCGCCUCCUCCUCCUCUCAGUGGCUGCACCAUUCAUCCAGCCCUCACAGACACAUCCAGGGAUCUGUAGACAGGCAAAGCGCAGGGUGUGUACACACCGUCUAGAGAGCCAUCUCAUCCUCCCAGCGCACCCCGGGCACACAUCAUAGGCGGCUCCGGCACCAAGAUGUCCAACCGAGCGCUGUGCAGAGAGGCGAGCCAUGCUGGGAGCUGGUACACUGCCUCAGGACCUCAGCUAAGCGCCCAGUUGGAUGGUUGGCUCUCCCAAGCACAGACUUCUAAAAGACCCGCUAGAGCCAUUAUUGCACCCCAUGCUGGAUACACCUACUGUGGAUCCUGUGCUGCUCACGCAUACAAGCAAGUAGACCCUUCCAUAACGCGAAGAGUUUUUAUUCUUGGUCCUUCCCACCACGUGGCCCUUUCUAGAUGUGCACUUUCCACUGUGGAUAUAUAUAGAACACCUCUUUAUGACCUCCAUAUUGAUCAGAAAGUUUAUGGAGACCUGUGGAAGACUGGUAUGUUUGAGCGAAUGUCUCUGCAAACAGAUGAAGACGAGCACAGCAUCGAAAUGCAUCUACCUUACACUGCUAAAACAAUGGAAAGCCAUAAAGAUGAGUUUACCAUUGUUCCUGUGUUAGUUGGAGCACUUAGCGAAUCAAAGGAACAAGAAUUUGGGAAACUUUUUAGUAAAUACUUAGCAGAUCCAACUAACCUCUUUGUAAUUUCAUCAGAUUUUUGCCAUUGGGGACAACGUUUUCGUUAUACAUAUUAUGAUGAAUCUCAAGGAGAAAUUUAUAGGUCAAUUGAAAACUUAGACAAAAUGGGUAUGAGUAUUAUAGAACAACUAGAUCCUGUGCCGUUUAGUAAUUACUUGAAGAAGUAUCAUAAUACUAUAUGUGGAAGACACCCCAUUGGGGUAUUAUUAAACGCUGCAACAGAGCUUCAGAAGAGCGGCGUUAACAUGAGCUUCUCAUUCUUGAACUAUGCUCAAUCUAGCCAGUGCCGAAGCUGGCAGGACAGUUCAGUGAGUUAUGCUGCUGGAGCACUUGUGGUGCAUUGAGCCACUAAACACUCAGGGAUGCCACCUGGAAACACAAUGCUGACACAACCUUUUUCUUUCUGUCCAUGGGGUCAUAGCCAAGCAGUAGCACAAUAUGGCUCUGAUCUGUGGGUUACAAGGAAACUCGCCCAAUUCAUAUUUCCCUUCUUCUUUUCUUUAGGUGUAGUCCUAUCUUGAUUUUUUUUCUACUUGACUCCAUUAAAACAAGAUUUGCUAUCUUGGUUAUGGUAUCAGAAAUAAAGUUGUGUCAAAGUGUUCGUGAACUUGAAGACUAUAAACCAUAAAGUGGUGGCAGAUGAUUACAAAUGUUAGUUACGUGGAAUAAGUUAGCCUUUACCAUAACCUAAAUUUGCACUGUUUGCAGAUAUGUGCACAUGUACUCAGCUUUCAGAAUAGUUUUGCAAGUUGUAAGACAAAAUUAUAAAAAAUAAAUAAAUAAAAAAAGGGUGGAAGCUUUUUAUUAAGAAAAAAUGCAUUUAUAAAUUAUCCUUUAUCCUGUAUUAGAAUAUAAUACAAGUCAUGUAUAGUUGGUUAUUACCAGUGUUGUACAACAAAUACCUUCUAUUUUAGUUGCUAAUAAAGGGCUACACAAACCAAAA